AUGAAGCACGUCAGUGUCGCUAUCAUAGGCGCUGGUCCAACGGGCAUUUCCAUGCUCAAGCAGCUUCUGCAAGAUGGCUUCAGCGCAACUUUGUUCGAGAGACGUAGUUCUGUCGGGGGAUUAUGGGCAUAUGACGCAAACAAUGGAUGGACUACGGCAUUAGCGUCCACGAGUGCGAAUAUCAGCAAGUAUACUUGUGGAUUUACCGAUUUCCCAAUACCAGACAGGUAUCCUGUAUAUCUGAGUGCAGCGAACUUUCAAGAGUUUAUGCAGACUUAUGCUGAGCACUUCAAACUCACAGAGCACAUCUCGUUCAAUAGUAUUGUUCAAGCUGUCAACCGCAACAGCGACGAUAGUGGAUGGAUAGUGCAGGUUGAGAAAAUCGGGACUGGCGAAAAAGAGACUCGCCCUUUUGACAAGGUCGUUUUCUGUCAUGGUUAUCAGACUAAAAGAGUGAUGCCGACAUUUCCGGGACAGGAUAAAUUCGAAGGAGAGAUUAUACACUCACAGCAAUACCGAAGUCCAGAAGCGUUCCAGGACAAAACAGUGGUGAUCCUCGGCCUAUCUACAACAACAGGCGAGAUCACGCCACAAGUCAUCGGCACAGCGAAAAAAGUCUACGUCUCUCAUAGAAGCGGCCAAAUGGUGGUCAAGCGUAUGCGCAAAGGACGACCAACAGAUUUGAUGAUAUCGUGGAGACGCCGCCAAGUUACACAAUGGAUGGCAAAGAACAUACCGAAUUUCUACAGAUACUUGGCAGGCUGGGGAGCCAGACUUCUCUCGUCCCAGUUCUCAGACGUGAAACUUGACCCAGAAUGGCGAAUUCAGUCAUUUCGAAACCCGACGCUGCGAUUACCGGGUCUUAUCCAGGAUAUUGUUCCUCACCUGCAAGAUGGGAGUUUGACGAGUUUGCAUGGAAUUAAACGAUUCUUGGGCGGACGAUCAAUCGAGUUUGAUGAUGGGACUGUACUGGAUGACGUGGACAGCAUUAUCUUGACUACAGGAUACUGCGCCGACUUUUCAGUCGCUCCUGUCAUCGAAAACAGUGUGCCAAAGUCACCGACUUAUCAUGGACCUGCCAUUCAACGCCUAUAUAUGAAUGUCUUCCCUCCCAAGUACGCAGACAGCUGUGCCGUCCUUUGCUACUCAGCAUAUGGCAAGAACAACGGUUUCUCAUUCAGCGAUGUCAUGAACAUGGCCAUUUCAAACAUUUGGCGAGGCGUAAGCCAAUUACCACCUUACCAAGAGAUGGAGAAAUGGGUAGAUGACCAUCAGAAAUGGGUUGCAGCAAACUGGGCUCGCGAGCCGCAUCUCGAUGUGAGCAUGGUCAAACAAUAUGAGUUCCAACCCUGGAUGCACGAACAAGCUGGAACAGGUAUGGAGAACCUUGGAUGGGGAUGGGCAGGGUGGAAGUUCUGGUGGAAGGAUAGAGAGAUGUAUAACCUCAUGAACCACGGUGUAGAGACAGCUCACAUGUUUCGGUAUUUUGAGACAGGCAAGAGAAACACGUGGGAGGGCGCGAGGGAUGAGAUUAUCCGUCAGAAUAGGAUAGUCGAGGAGAGCUUUUCUGGGAAGAGUAAGAAGCUGAGGGAGGAAUAG